CAGUGCAUGCUUUGCCCCAGUCAUUGUCACAGGAUUAGAGAGUCUCUUUGCAAAGUUAGAGAGGCUUUCGUGUGACAUGUGUCACUUGAGUGAGUCUCCUGUCGCUCCUUUAGCCGCCUGAGUGGAGGGGCGGGCAGGGAGGCGUGUCUGUGCACCAUGCGAGGAGCAACGUGAGGUUGAAGAGGAAGGACAUGUCAGAGAUGUUGGUUCAGAGAGAGUUGUUGGAAUGAUCCCUUGAUGGUCCUGUCCUCUACUCUUUUUUUUUAUGGACUUGUAGUGCAGCAACCUUGGGCCUCUGCUGGACGUUGACUUUAGAUGUAGAAUGACUUUAAAACCAGUCCUCUGUGCCUUACCAAUCCCAAGUGACGCCAGUUGAUCCGCAUCAACACAUUCUCUGAUCUCCACCGUCUCCAUUAAGGAGGGAGAUGAGGUUGGUGGGGAGCCUGCAGCUUGUUCUGCUUUUGGCCUUGACCUCCAAAGCCACAUGCCUCAACAUCCCUCUGGAAGUGGAGCAGCCUCCAACCAUAAUAACUCACACAUCUGGUCCCAUUAUUGCCCUUCCUCUUGACAAUACCAUUACUAUCAGGUGUGAAGCCAGGGGCAACCCACCACCAGAAUACAGAUGGACAAAAGAUGGGGAGGACUUUGUCCCUCCUUACCUCACGACAGACCACAUAGAUGGCACCUUUGUGCUUCACAACAAGCAUCUGGCCCCUUUUCGGGGUAAAUACCGAUGCUACGCUUCUAACAAGCUGGGAACUGCCAUGACGGAGGAGAUUGAGCUGAGGGUUCCCAAUGUCCCCAAGUUUCCAAAGGAGUAUAAUAACCCCAUUGUUGUUAAAGAGGGAGAUCCAUUCAUCCUGGAGUGUAAUCCUCCAGAAGGCGUGGCCCCACGUAAGAUCUACUGGAUGUCUAUUGGUCUCCAGCACAUUGAGCAGGAUGAGAGGGUUUCCAUGGGCACUGAUGGCAACCUGUACUUCUCUAAUGCCUUACAGAAAGACAGUCGGCAGGACUACUGUUGCUUUGCUGCCUUCACCAAAAUACGCACCAUCGUCCAGAAAACCGCCAUGGCUGUCGUGGUCGAGAGCUUGAAACCUGGCAAUGAGUCUGUUGACAGCAGCAACGCCACUGAAGCCCCCCCAGUGAGAAUACCCAGCCUGCUGCUGCCCUCUGGUGUUCAGACAGAGAAGGUGCUGUUGAAGGGAGAGAAUCUGCAGCUUGAGUGUAUACCACAGGGAUAUCCCACGCCAACGGUACAUUGGAUGAAAAUGGGAGAGAAGCUGCCUCUUCGGACACAAUUGAAAAACUUUGAAAAGCUGUUGUUCAUAUCUUCUGUAGACGAGUGGGAUGGUGGGAAAUACAUGUGUAAAGCCAAAAACUCUGCUGGAGAGGCUGCGCACUACUUUGAUGUAAUAGUGGAAGAUCGGCCAAAGUGGGAGACGGAGCCUCCUCAAAGCCAGCUGACUGUGAUUGGGACUGAUGUUCACAUCAAGUGCUCGGUCAGCGGAAAACCAUUCCCAGACAUAACAUGGCGGAGGAACGGAAAAUUGUUCAGAGAUGACCCAUUGAGCAACAGGCGAGUGCUUGAUGACACUGUGAUUCUCCAUAAUGCCAGAGCAGCAGACAGCGCCGUCUACCAGUGUGAAGCCUCCAACAGUCAUGGCAGUAUCCUGGCCAACAUUAACAUCAUGGUCAUGAAUAUGGCUCCGCGAAUACUGACAAGGGACUUCCAAGAGUAUGCUGUAGUACUAGGAGGGGACAUCGUCAUGAACUGCAGUGUUUUCAGCUCUCCACCACCCACCAUAUCCUGGGCCAAAGAUGAGACUCUAGAGACCAUCGAGGGGGAACGAUUUUUUGCUGUGAACGGAUCUUUGCAAAUCAUCAGAGCAGAAAGAAAUGACAGCGGGAAAUAUGUGUGUAUUGCCUCUAACAAGGAGGGCAAGUCAUCUGUCACUGCUGUGCUGGAUGUGAAAGACCCUACAAAAAUAGUAUACCCACCUGAGGACGUGCAGAUCAUCAGUGGGAACACAGCCCAGUUGAUGUGCCAGGUAGAGUUUGAUAAAAGCCUGCAGGGUUCCUUUGAGGUGGUUUGGAGCAAGGAUGGUGAGGAGAUCCCACUUUUCUCUGAGGAAAAUUCCAGAUACUUUAUGGACGAUGGCAUGCUGCAGAUCAUGAGUGUGAACCUGAGCGAUCAGGGAAUAUACAAAUGCAUUGCUAGGACCAGCCUAGAUGAGGACAAUGCCACUGCACUACUCACUGUGCUGGAUGUUCCUGAUGCUCCAAAAAAUUUAGAGAUAUCUGAAAUGAAGAGUCAGAGAAAUGUUCUCCUGUCUUGGAUACCUGGCAGUGAUCACAACAGCUCUGUAACAGAAUUUAUAGUAGAGUAUGAGGAGAGCCAAUGGGAGCCCGGCAGGUGGAAGGAGCUACAGAAAGUCCCUGGUAACCAGGCAACAGCCGAGCUUGCACUACAAGGCCACCUUAACUACCAGUUCAGAGUGUACGCUGUUAAUGUUGUUGGACCUGGACCCCCCAGUGAGCCCACUGAGAGAUACAAAACACCUCCUGCUGCUCCUGAUAAAAACCCAGAAAACAUCAAAAUUCAAGGCCACCUCCCUCACCAAAUGGACAUUAGCUGGGAGCCACUGUUGCCCAUUGAACACAAUGGACCAGGCCUUGAGUACAAGGUGAGCUACAGGAAACUGGAUGUGGAAGAUGUCUGGAGGGAGCAUCUGGUGAAAAGGCACGUCUUUGCCGUGAGGAACACGUCCACUUUUGUCCCCUAUGAGAUCAAAAUUCAGAGCAGGAACAGCCACGGCUGGGGACCAGAACCUAAAGUCGUUACUGGUUACUCUGGAGAAGACGUCCCGACUGCAGCACCACGGGACAUAGCAGUGGAGGUGAUCAACACCACUGUCCUGAGAGUUAGCUGGACCCCGGCUCCACCUGCCACAGUGAGAGGUCAUCUAGGGGGCUACAAUGUUCACUGGUUGAGGAAACGAAGUUUGCUGAACCCCAACAAGAUUUUAGAUGAGCGCCAGUCGCUGUCUUUUUCUGGGAAGAGGACUCAUGCCAUCGUGCCGGGCCUGGAACCUUUUUCCGAAUACAGACUCACUGUCAAUGUUUUCAACAAGAAGGGCAACGGGCCCAACAGUGACUCGGUCACCUUCAACACUCCAGAGGGAGUUCCUGAGCAAGUUCCCAUUCUGACUGCCUCCAACGCUCAGAAAGACUCCAUAUUGCUGGUCUGGGGCCCACCGCUGGAGACAAACGGCGUCCUCACUGGUUAUCUCCUGCACCACCACCUCAUUAAUGAGACCACACUGGAGGUGGUUGACUCCCAGGAGACGAACAUCACUGGGGCUGACACCACCCAGUGGCAGCUUCGGGGUCUAGAGGAUGGCAGCCUCUACCGCUUCCAUCUCAGAGCCUGCACUCGAGCAGGUUGUGGACCUCCGCUGGCCCAGGAGAGCACCACUGUUACUCAAGCACGUGAUGGUAACUGGCUGGUAUCAGAGGCUGUAAACGCUUCUCGAAGUUUCCACCUUAUUGAUGGGCUCAAACCCGGGACGGUGUACACUGUGCGCCUCAUGGCCAAGCAGCUGCUCAAUAACGCUAGCAUUUUCGAAGAUGUUAUCCAGACCCGAGUCAAAGGUGCGGAAGGUCAGCGGAGCAACUUUUCAACCCAGGGCUGGUUUAUUGGCACCAUGUGUGCUGUGGCGCUCCUCACCGUUGUCACACUCAUGGCCUGCUUUGUGCGGAGAAACAGAGGUGGCAAGUAUGCAGGUACGCCGACCCAGCGACAAGACAUGUUCUCCAUGGAAAAAGUGAAAGAGAAGGAGGACCUCCACCCUGACGUGGAGUCACAAGGAAUGAAUGAUGACACCUUCUGUGAAUACAGUGGCAGUGACAGCGAAGAGAAGCCACUAAAGUGCAGCAGCUUGGGUACCAUGAAUGGCGAUGAUGCGUUGGGGGACAGCGUCAGCAGAGACAGCAUGGUCGACUACGCCGACGGUGGAAGAGAAUUCAACGAGGACGGUUCAUUUAUCGGAGAAUAUUCUGGACUCACGCACGGAGGCUCUGUUAACGAGCCCAGUGGACCCAGACCAGUCACUGCAUAAAGCCAGGCUCCAGUUGAAAUGGUCGACUUCAAAUAUUUUCAAGAUACUUUUUUUUAAAUUCAGUUUCCCUGGGAUUAAAUAUAGCAUGAAUAGCCAAAUAUGGGGGGGAUGAAAAUGACUCAAAUGUGCAGACGUUUCGCCCAGGGACUGGAAAGGAAAAGAUAACCCACCACACACAUUGGUGUGUAAACCAUGCAAGUCUUUGUAUAUAUUGUAAGAGAAUGACCUGUAUCAUUUGAGUUAUUCAAGAUUUUUAUUAAUGAUAAUAAAGUGUUUUUUGUACCUUUUUAUAGGCCAUAAACUUCAGCUGUGUAUGUUGAUGCCUUGUUUCACAAAAGGCUGAAGAACAAAAUAUUAUAAAAUAUAAAAAGCACUCAAAAUGUCACCAUACAUGUAGUUUCUUUACACAGUGAAUGAAAAUGAUGCAUGGAGUAGAAAUACAUAUGCAUCUACAGACUGUGUUUAUUCACAGUUGACUCAAUAUCUAGUCAUAAAUGUGCUUUACUGUCCAUUACUGUAUUUUUUUUCUGUUUCUGACUUGUUAGUAUGCACAUGUGGGAAAGUUGUUUGUAUUCAAAAUGCUGUCGGUACCUUUUAUAUCAUUUUAUCAAACAUAUUUUGGAAGUUUUUUUUUUUGCUUUUUACAUCAAAAGGAGAAAAAAAUAAACAAUAGGAACAAAUUGAAGUAUCAAAUCUCCCAACUACGCCCCUGGUUGGUUUGGAGAAUUACAGCAAAAAUAUACAAGUUGUUUAGCAAGAAGGUUAUAGUGUAUUGCUGCAUUUAAAUCUGGAGUGGAGUCAUGAAUACAUUUAUCCAAGGGACUUGUCAAAACUCAAAUUGGUAAGCUUUCCCCUCAAGGCCCCCUUAAGGAAGAUGAAGUUUUGAAACUAAAGCGAUUCAACAUACUCCUAUUUGUUUUGUAAUUUUUUUUAAUCAUGUGUCUUUAUUCUGCUGGAUGGCACAGUACGAAUCACCCCACAUUCCUUUAAAAUGAUCAGACAGCUGGGCUACUUAUUAUCUGGAAACUCUGUGGUACUUCUUUCCCAGUUUUUAUUUAAACGUGGUGAAAUUAUUCAUCAGUUUCUAUUUGCUGCUUCUUUCCUGUAAUUUAAAAGCACCCUCUUAUAUGGUAAGCUAACUUUCAAGUUGAGAUGU